AUGGCUCGAGUGGUCCGCUCGAACACAGAUGAAGGAGGCAGAGGAGCUGGUGGUGAUGGCGCUAGCAGUGAUAACCCUGGCUCGAGGGCCUUGCCGGUAACAUCACCUCCCUCGCCUACAGCGUACCGGCAUGACAGCACCCCUCGUCUGCCCGAUAUCCGAUUUAGCAUCCAACGACGAGACAUGGACGAGAGGACUAGCCUGCUAGACGCCAGCAGCCAGCACCAGCGCGGUUACAGCACUAACCCUGCUGCCUCUCCACGCCCUGAUGCGUUCUUUCGGCACAACAGCACGGCCGGCAGCCUGCGCAUGUCCAAGAGCCACAGUCGUGCGAACUCGCAGGUAGUCAGGUUUGCUCCCAACAGGACUGAAUCUUUACCUGCAGAGCCAGAUCGUGAACCGACGAGGCCCCUGAAUACUGCGCCUUACUCUGAUGACCGGGUCUGGUACGACCAGUUCACCUCUACAGACUGGGUGCACGAUACCAUUGCCGAUGGGAUACGGUUGCGAGAGCUCCGGAGUCGACGUGAUAUACGUGGAAAGCUCCUGGCCUGGUUCGAUGGCGCCCAGGGCUGGGUUCUGGUUGCUAUAAUCGGCCUCCUUACGGCCUGUGUCGCCUACUUUGUCGACGUCACCGAGAUCGUCAUAUAUGAUUUGAAAGAAGGAUUCUGCAGCAACAACUGGUUCAUGAGCAAGAAGCACUGCUGUCCUUCAGAACAUUGCACGGCGUGGCGUUCAUGGUCGGAAAUACUAGAGUCAUCCACAAUUGACCGUAUGUGGAUCGACUUUGGCGCCUUUGUUUUCUGGGCUGUGUUACUAGCAGCUGCAUCGUGCACCCUUACACUGCUUACCAAAACUGUCGUCCCGUCCUCGAUUUCUCUCACGACUUUGGAUGAGGACUUUGGUGCUGUUGCCAGCUCAUCGUCGGACGAAUCAUCACCCCCCAGCAAGACAAAUCUCGACGUCCGGCCUGUCCAAGAUGCAGUCCCACCGCCUAUGGUAUACUACUCCGCCGCCGGAAGCGGUGUUGCGGAAGUAAAGGUCAUCCUCUCUGGAUUCAUACUACAUGGAUACUUGGGAUUUCAGACUCUCGUCGUCAAGACUCUUGCUCUAGUUCUAAGUGUUGCAUCAGGGUUGAGUGUUGGAAAGGAAGGCCCCUAUGUCCACAUCGCCACCUGUAUCGGUAACAUUUGUUGCCGGCUCUUCUCCAAGUACCACUACAAUGAUGGAAAAAGGCGAGAGGUGUUGAGUGCCAGUGCUGCCAGUGGUGUUGCCGUUGCCUUUGGAGCUCCCAUCGGAGGUGUUCUCUUCAGUCUGGAGGAAGUUAGCUACUACUUCCCUCCAAAGACCCUAUUCAGGACAUUCUUUUGCUGUAUUGCCGCUGCUCUUUCUCUCAAAUUCCUCAACCCAUACCAGACCGGCAAAAUUGUUCUCUUCCAAGUUCGCUACGUAUCGGACUGGGAGAUAUUUGAGCUCGCCAUAUUCAUGCUUCUCGGAGUACUGGGCGGAGCCUUCGGAGCUCUUUUCAUCAAGGCGUCAAAGCUCUGGGCACAGUCUUUCCGUCGUAUCCCCGUUAUCAAGAAAUGGCCAAUGCUUGAGGUCGUCUUGGUCGCCUUGAUUACCGGCCUCAUCAGCUUUUGGAACCGUUAUACCAAACUCGCGGUUUCUGAGCUACUUUUCGAGCUUGCAAGUCCGUGUGAUUAUGAGGGAAACACUGAAGCGGGGACCGGCCUGUGUCCUACGAGGGAAGACAUUCCUGAUGUUAUAAAGUAUCUCCUGAUCGCUUUUAUCAUCAAGUCCUUCCUCACUACUAUCACCUUUGGCAUCAAGGUCCCAGCUGGUAUCUACGUUCCCUCCAUGGUUGUGGGCGGUCUGAUGGGCAGAAUUGUCGGCCAUGUUGCGCAGUAUUUUGUCGUCCAUUAUCCGAAUUUCUUCCUCUUCGGACAGUGCCCAAGCACUAAGAUUGCAGAAUCAUGUGUUAACCCUGGUGUUUACGCCCUCAUUGCUGCUGGCUCGACCAUGUGCGGCGUCACCAGGCUGAGCUUGACGCUUGUUGUCAUCCUCUUCGAACUGACUGGCAGUCUGGAUCAUGUUCUUCCAUUCUCCCUCGCCAUAUUAUGUGCCAAAUGGGUUUCCAACGCGGUCGAACCUCUAAGUAUUUACGAUCUCCUAACCGACAUGAACUCCUACCCAUUCCUUGACAACAAGCUACACCCAAUUGCCAACAUCGAGCUAGGGGAUAUCGUGCCCCGAGUCAGAAGGAAUCGAGUCAUCGACAUCUCAAACUCUCCUUUGGUCAGUGCAACCGAGCUACGAGAGAAACUGGACAUUCUCUUAAUGGCCGGCGAACUCGACGGUGGGCUGCCGAUACUAAAGAAGAACAUCCUCGUCGGCCUCAUUCCUGCUCCAGAGCUAGAAUAUGCACUUGAUAAACUACCAUCGGAGCAGGAUACGAUGUGUUUGAUGUCCAUGCAAUCAUCUUACCUAACAGAACGAGAAAACGACGAAAUGGACGUGGCUGAUUUUACUCAAUACAUUGACCCAUCCCCCGUCUCUCUAGACAUUCACUCGCCUAUCAACCUGGUCUACCAAUGCUUUGUCAAACUGGGCCUUCGAUAUAUGUGCGUCCUUCGUGACGGUCAAUAUGCAGGCCUAGUGCAUAAGAAAUCUUUCGUCAAGUUUAUGAAAGAAACCGAAAAGGCUUCGGCCGCAAUACACUGA